CUCCAGACACCGUCUAGCCACCCCAUCACAACACCUGCAGCCAUGCCGCUCUUCGUCCUCAGCCCCGCCUCGCUGGCCCACUCGGCGCUCUUCGCCGGCUACUACAGCUACCUGACGUCCAACGUCGUCGCUCUGCGCCUCAAGACCGGCGUGAUGAUCGGUGACGGCGAGACUGGCAGCGUCCGCGACCCCUCGCACAAGGAGUCGCCCACCGACAAGCAGGACGAGGCGGCGCUCAAGCGUGCCGUCCGCUCCGCCGGCAACUUCUCCGAGCACACGCCCUUCGCCUUCUUCCUGAUCUUCAUCUCCGAGCUCAACGGUGCGCCCACGGCCAUCGUCCACGGCGCCUACACGACUCUCUUCCUGGCCCGCGUUGCACACGACAUCGGUAUCAAGGCGCCCAACUCGGUCGGCCUCGGCAGGCCCAUUGGCUUCGCCGUCACGGCGCUGCUCACUGUCGGCGCGGGUGCCUACAACCUGUCGCUCGGCUGGGAGCCCCUGCGCUCCUUCCUCGGCCUCAAGUAGAUGCACUCUUGCGUCUCUGAG